AUGGAUGCCCAGCAAUAUCUUAGGAAUCCACCAGCGGACCAACCUACUCGUUCCAUCUUCCCAAAAGGUCCAGCGUUCAACCUUGACGACUUCUCGAAUCGCGACUUCAUAGCCAAGGACUUCAUUGAAUCCCUAACCGAGAGUGCCCAAUCCUCUAACCGCCGGUCAAACGGAGCCAAUGCACCUUUUGAUCCCAAGCCACUUAUUCGUACGUUCGAGCAGGCCUCACGACGACUUGACGAGCUUUCAGGCGAGUUGGAGCAUCGCGAGAAUGAACUUUCAGCUGCCGUGAGAAGGGCUGAAGCACAGCAUGCGAGCAAUACAGAAACAUUGGGGAGGAAACUGAAUCAGACAGUCGAGAGCUUUCAGAAACUAGACACGUCGCUAAAGUCGGAACGUGGUGAAAGAUGGGGCGGUAAUGUCGCCGUUGAAACUGGUCGCCGACUCGAAGAGUUGGAUCGGCAGAGGACAAAGGCUCUGGAUGCACAUUUUCUGAUCGAGUGCUGGGACGAAGUCAGCAAUCGAGGAGAAGUGACAUUGCUGGAGAAUCUGAGGCGGUCUGGCACAGGAGAAGGCAAGAUCAGGUCAGCAAACAUAGCCCGUCAGUUGCUACGAAUCAGCCAGAGACUCGAUCCAAAGAGUCAUGCGCAGGCCAACGGCAUCCCCAAAACAAAUGGUGAAACUCCAAACGGCGUGUCAGGAGGCAGAAACUUCAACACAAGAGAAGUUAUCGAGAAGUUUAUUGAGACCUUGGAGAACGACAUGCUCAAGCUCUUCGACGACUUCUACAGGCGGCAGAACUUUGAAGAGAUGAAGAAUUGUGCCAUUGUCCUACAAGAUUUCAAUGGCGGUGCAUCUGUCCAGGCAGCCUUCGUCAAUCAGCACCAAUUCUUCAUCGACCGAAGCAACCUGGUGACAGACGAGGUCGGCGGCGAUCAAGAGACGUGGAUGCGGUUAUCUGACCCAGACGCCGAACUCCCAGGAGUAGAGCCUGGGUUGCAGUCCUUGAUCGAUGAGGUCAAGGUUGUCGUUCAAGAAGAGUCUGCCAUCAUCAAGCGAGCAUUCCCUUACCCCGAGCAAGUACUCGGCAAAUUCGUCCAACGAGUCUUCCAACAAUCGAUACAGCAGAGGCUGGAACUCGUUCUGGAAAAGGCCGAGUCGGAGUCUACCCUGGCAUACCUGAGAUUGUUGCAAGCAGCUAGAAGCUAUAUCAGCAUCUUGGUAGACGACCUCAAAGCGCACGGUCUCACGGAACACCCAGAGUCUGUGACCUCCCAAACCAGUCAAUUGCUGGAUCAGCAGCUCGACGAACUGUUCACGCCAUACUUCGGCGGAUCGGCCUACAUCGACAAAGAGAAGCACAAUUUGCAGGAGCUGUACAAGUCACUCUUAUUCAAGUUCGAGCUUUUCCACUCUCGACGACAAAAAGAGCCCAAAACAUACCUCGCCUCAUUACGAAACCGUGGUCAAGAACUUCUAGCGUCCGCCAGAGAAGCGACGGAUGCAUAUGUGAAAAGUCUCGACCUAGAGAAAAUGUCACCCACGCAAAAGAGAAUCCUCCUAUCUGUUGCCGGUCUCAACAACACCGACAAGGCCCAACCAGACGUCGAGCUCUCCGAGGCAGACGGACGACUGAACGUUGUGUUCGCCAAAAGAAUGCUCAAAUGGCUCGCCGAAGGAGUCAGACGAGGUCUCGAACUCGGCGGCGGCUCAGAAACGCCAAAGGACGUAGCAGCACUUUUGAACCUAAUACUGAAAAAUCUGAUAGAACUAUAUGUCGAGGUCGCCCUUGAGGCUGCCGCAGACGCCGCAUCUUCCGCCGAAUACGCCAAAAGAGAUCCGGACUUGUCAUACCUCGCGAGUCUACGAACAGCCGUACACAUAACGCACCUGGUCCAAAGCUGCAUCAACACGCUUCUCAUCCCGUUGGCGAGCACGAGCUUGACCACGCGCCGAGAUAUGGAGAAGAACACACGCACGGCCGUUGCGAGGAUCGAAGACCAAAUCAACACCAUCGAGCAGCAGACCAUAGACGGCGUGCUCAAUUGGACAUCAAGACUCCUUUCCAACCAGAGUCGAACCGAUUUCCGGCCGCGAGCCGAGACCGAAGCCAUAUCCCUCGAACAAGCCCAGUCACCAACCUGUGACAGCGUGUGCAGAUUUCUCGGCUUGUUCCACGACACGGCAUCGCAAUCCUUCGACGGUGCCAAUCUCAGUGUUCUCCUCACUGAGGUCGCCGUCGGCUUCCGCGCACAGCUCCUGCAGCAUUUCACAAAGUACCAGGUCAACCGGAUUGGUGGUGUCAUGCUCGCCCGAGACAUGAGCCGAUACGUUCAGAUGCUGAGGUCUUGGGGUUUAGACGACACUUUCAAGGCCAGUCUCGAGGUGUUGACCGAAUUGGCCAGUAUUUUCGUCUUGCUUCCCGAUGCACUGAAGGAGAGGUUACGAGGACAAGUGCUCGGUAAUCUGGGCAAGGAGAAUCUGAGGCCGUACUUGCUCAAGCGGGAUGACUACAUGGAGGUCGGCAUGCAGAGUCUACUUCAUUCGCUGUGA